AUGGUGGUUGUACGUGUGGACGAAGAGUCGCAAUCGCUGAUUCGCGGGCCGAACGGGCUGAAAGUCCGUAAGAGACGGGCCAGUUGCUUGAGAUUUGGCUGCUACACUCUUUUAGGAGUGUUCUUUUUGGCGGUGUUUAAUGUUAUUUUCUUGCCUCGAACUUCCAUUAGUAGGGAUUGGAACCGAUUGCAUUCGAUUAAAGUAUCGGAUGCAGACGUAAAACGCACGUUAUUUCAGUCUGUCAAUGCUUCUAGCAUUCGUGACUGGAGUUAUAAGUAUACUCAGGAACCUCAUCUCGCCGGUACUAAUUAUGGCUUGGUUGAGUGGACUAGAGAUAAGUUUGAAGAGUAUGGCAUUCCUGCUGAGAUUGUUUCAUACGAUAUCUACUUGAACUAUCCUAGAGACCAUGCGGUCAAGCUGUUGAAUGAAGAUGGAUCUGUACAAUUCUCUGCCAGUCUUGAAGAGGCGGUUAUUGAGGAAGAUCCUACUACUAGCCGUGAGGACCGAGUCCCUACCUUCCAUGGAUACAGUGCUUCAGGUAAUGUAACUGGUCAGCUUAUUUAUGUCAAUUACGGCACUAGAGAGGACUAUGACCAACUUAUUGCCAAGGGUGUUGAUUUCAAGGGUAAGAUUGUCAUUGCUAGAUAUGGCGGCAUCUUCCGUGGCUUGAAAGUCAAGUUUGCUCAAGAUUUGGGUGCUAUUGGAGCCUUGCUUUACUCUGAUCCUGGUGAUGAUGGUGGAAUUACUAUCAAGAACGGUUACGAAGCAUACCCUAAUGGUCCAGCUCGUCACCCCUCGUCUGUUCAAAGAGGCAGUGUUCAGUUUUUGUCGCUCGGUCCUGGUGAUCCAACUACGCCUGGUUGGGCUAGUAAACCUGAUUCCAAGCGAGUUGAUCCAUAUGACACUAUCCCUAGUAUCCCCAGUAUUCCUAUCAGUUACGAGGAUGCUUUGCCAUUGCUCAAGGCUAUCAAUGGCAAGGGUCUUAAGGGAUCUGAUCUUGGUGAGAACUGGGUCGGUGAGCUCACUGACGAAUUUGACUACUCCGUUGGUCCUUCUACACUCGAAGUCAAUCUUUACAAUGACCAAGAUUACGAUAUUAGACCAACUUAUAACGUUAUUGGAAAGAUUGAAGGUAUUAUUAGCGAUGAAGCCAUUGUCAUUGGUAACCAUCGUGAUGCAUGGAUUGCUGGUGGAGCAGGUGACCCCAAUUCUGGUUCUGCUGCUCUGAUUGAGCUUGCCAAGGCUUUUGGUGAGUUGAAGAAGAUCGGUUGGAAGCCUUCUAGAACCAUUAUUUUGGGUUCUUGGGAUGGUGAAGAGUAUGGUUUGCUCGGAUCUACUGAAUGGGGUGAAGACAAUGCCGAAUACUUACAGCACCAUGUUAUUGCUUACCUCAAUGUCGAUGUUGCUUUCAGUGGAAGCAGAUUUGGUGCUAGUGCAUCCCCAUUACUGGACAAUGUUCUUAUAGAUGUCACUAAACAAGUGCCUGCUCCAUCUGGUAACGGUACUUUGUAUGACUUGUGGUACUCUCAAAACGGUGCUCGCAUUUCAAGUCUUGGUUCUGGUAGUGACUACACUGUAUUCCAAGACUAUCUUGGCAUUCCAUCUGUCGAUUUUGGAUUCGGUGGUGGCAAGGGUGACCCUGUAUACCAAUACCACUCGAACUACGAUUCGUUCUAUUGGAUGGACAAGUUUGGUGACAAGGACUUUGCUCACCACAGUGUCAUGGUCAAGGCCUGGGGUCUUCUGACCCUUACUCUUUCCGAGACAGAGCUCAUCCCGUUCAAACUUGCUUCCUACGCCAAACUUCUUGAUACCUAUCUUGAGAAGACCGAAUCACAGCUUCCUAAAGAGAUCUUUGACGACGGCGAUGACGAAUAUGACGACGACGACGAUUUUGAUUUUGACUUUUCUGAAGAGAUGAGUGUUGAUAUGGCCGUGGCUAUUGCUAAUGCUGACAGCUCGGCUCUUGCAUCUGUCAACCCUGUCUCUUCAACCGAUGUUUCUGACACUGAAGUUGAUGCUCAACAAAUCUUCACCAGACCCAAGCACAGAAAGCCUAAACACCCUAAGAGAAAGCUACAUAAGGAGGCUAGAAAGGCAUUUGAGAAGCUUCGGAAGGAAGUGGACAAGUUCAAGACCAGAGCUAGAAAGUACGAUGCCUAUACUGAGAGACUCCAAGAGGAGUUCACUCAGGACUACGCCUGGUUCUACAGCUACAAGAAACUGAUCUUAUUAGUCAAGAUCAAGGUUGCCAACAUCAAGCUGGCUCAAAUCGAGCAGCUCUUUACCUAUGACAAGGGUCUUGAUAACGGCCGUUCGUGGUUCAAGCACGUUGUCUUCGCUCCUGGCAUCAACACCGGUUACGCCGGUGCCCUCCUCCCCGGUCUCACCGAGGCCAUUGAUGCUCGCGACCCCUCCGCGAUCCUCAAAUGGGCUACUAUCAUUCGCGCAAGCGUCACCUCAGUCAACGCUCUCGUUUCCAAGUAG